AUGGCAACAACAAUACACUAUGAUCUCCCCAUUGAUGAUGAUGAUGUUGUUGAAGUUGGUAGUGGAAACAGUGGUCCAUGGCCUCAGGCAAAUGAGGCUCUUUUCAUUUCCCUCAUGGAUGAGGAGGUGAAAACCAAGAAUAGUAAAAUAACUGGAACAUUCACUAAACAAGCUUGGAACAGGUUGAGAGAUCAAAUGAACACAAAAACCCAAUACCAGUAUAACGCACACCAGCUUCAAAACAAAUACAAUCAGCUGCGUAUUAUGUUCAACAAAUUUACAUCAUUACUAAAGCAUACUGGUGUUGGUUGGGAUAGCCAGCGACUUACUAUCACUGCACCGGAUGACGUUUGGGAAGCCCUUUACAAGGUUAAUAGCCAUGCAAAGAGGUUUAGGAAGAAAGUGAUGGUUUACUACCAUGAGUUGUCUCGUAUCUUAGGAGACACAUCCGCAACUGGUAAACUAGCUUUCCCUUCCACCAAAUCACCUUCUGAAAGUAGUGCCAGUUCUGAUCCUGAAUUUAAGGUAAAGAAUGAGGAGUUAGAUGCAUUGCAAAUUGAUAGUGAUAAUGACAAUGGAGAUGGCCAAGGCAAGGGCAAGGGCAAGGGCAAGAGCAAAAUGGGAGGUAAAAAGAGUAAGAAGAUGAGCUCUUUUCAAUCUAAUGUUUCUGAAGCACUCAAAGAAAUGAGUGCAAAUAGCAAGAGGAAGGUGGACCUAAUGGAAAAGCGCUUCACAAGUGCUUCAGUUACUAAUGUUGGCGAUGACAGUGGUUCAAUUGAAGGUGGUUCUACUCCCUCACGUUCAUUAUUGAAAGAGAGCAUGGCACUAUUGCAUGGUAUGGAGGAAAUUCCUGCUCCUGCUUUCACUAAAGCUGUGAACAAGCUUGCAUCGGAUCCCAUAAUAAGGGAGGUAUUUGUUGAUAUGCCUGCUAGUAGGAUGAGGGAUUGGGUCCUUAAUGUUUGA